GAUCAGAUUUUAGAGAAACAGAUUUCUAACACCCAAGAAGGCCUCUGGAGCAUAAACAACCAGAACUAUCUCCUGCCAGAUCUCCUCCAACAAAGCCAAAUUACAGACUCCUCUGUGAACCCACCACAAGUGCCACUGACUUGCCAGGAACCUCAGAACAAACCUCUGAAUAAGACCCCACGUGCUGAAAGUCCACCUUCCAAGAGCAGCACAUCGUCCACAACAUCAUUUACGUCAUUCAUAGAUCCUAGACUUCUGCCAAUCACCCCUCCCACCAGUCCAGUAGGACCUUCCUGUAGUUCUCCAUCUAGCGCCAAACCUGAGCCUGUCAGGAGGGAAAAUGCAAGGAAGGGCUCUGUUGUCAAUGUCAACCCAACAAAUAUUCGCCCACAGAGUGACAGUCCAGAAAUUCGUAAAUACAAGAAGAAAUUCAACUCAGAGGUCCUUUGUGCUGCUUUGUGGGGAGUAAAUUUACUGGUGGGAACAGAGAAUGGAUUGUGGCUCCUGGACAGGAGUGGGCAAGGAAGAGUUUAUACACUGAUUACAAGGAGACGAUUCCAGCAAAUGGAUGUUCUGGAAGGACUCAAUGUGCUAAUUACUAUAUCAGGGAAGAAGAAUAAGUUGAGGGUAUAUUACUUGUCAUGGCUGAGAAAUAAAAUUUUGCGCAAUGAUCCAGAGGUGGAGAAGCGGCAAGGCUGGGUGUCUGUGGGUGACCUGGAAGGCUGUGUGCACUACAAAGUUG